AGGCAGGGGUGCGGGGUGUGCCGGCAGGGGCUCCGGGAUGGGAUAGGGUACAGGGGUGGGCCUGGGACAGCGCAGGGGCUGACAGUCCCCCCAGGCUCCUGGGUGGAGCUGCGGUGUGGCCCAGGCUGCCCCGAGCCCGAGCCGGCGCCUUCUCCAUUCUCCUGCCACACCGAUGUGGAGCGGAUGCUGCUGGAGGCCCAGCUGGAGACAGAGAGCAGUGACGGGGCCCUGCUCGUGCUGGGGUCCCCAGCCUGGGAUGACGAUGGAGCCAGCCAUGGGAGUGAUCAGCCAGGGGAGAGUGAGGUGCUGCCUGCCCACAGCCAGCCCCCCCCACCAGGCUGCUCCCACCCCCGGCAGUGGGAUGUGCCAGAGGAAGCCAAGUGGAGGCAGCGACGCCUGACAGCGUCCCUGGGCUGGGCCUGUACCCUCUGCCCUCGGUACCUGUCUCCAAAGGAAUUUGCCUUUGUGUGCUCCCCGCAGCCAGUGCUGUGGAGCCUGCAGGGAGGUGCAGUGGGGAGGAAGAAGAGACUUUUCAGUUCGGAGCUGCUGCUGCUCUUCAUCCCCUCACUCCUGCUCAGCCACCUGCUGACCCUGGGGCUUGGGAUCUACAUUGGGAAGCGCCUGGCAGCCUCCUCGGCCAACCCUCUGUGAGGAUCUGGGCAGGCAGCAGAAUGGGAAUGCGGGGAGAGCCCGGCCCCAGCGCAGCCUGACCGCUCCCAGGCCCCAUGUUCGUGACACGAGGCGCCCUCUCUCCGUGUCUCUCCCUCAGCCCUUGCCUCAGGAGCUGAUCCCACUCUACCCCAUAGACCAGAACCUGCUGAUGGCAGCUCCCAGCUGCAGGCAGCCUCUGCCCUCCCCAGCCCCUGGUUACAGGUCCAGGUCCCCCUGUAACAGACUGUAAAUACAACUGAGCCCACCUGAAUAAAGAGCCCUGUGCCAGCUCAGGGGCUGA